AUGGCAUCCACAUCUCAAGGCCACCCGGCCUUCCCAGCUCGAUCCACGUACGCGGCCUCAGGCAAGCUACCCGAUCGAAUGGGCCUUAACAACCCUCCACCCUUCGGCUCGUCAGCAUUAUCGCGAAGACCGGAUCAACAGGCACAGCAAUAUGGGCAAGGACCGGCGGGACCACAACAACAGAUACAGGGCGGCGGUGGGAGAGGACAUCAACAUCAACAGCACCACCAGUCAGGCGCGGACAAGGAGCCGAAUCCGCUGAACGAGCUCAGUGAAGAACAGAGGGAGGAGAUCAAUGAAGCUCCUACCCACCCCCAUCACCCCACCUCUCUAGAAAGUCAACUUCACACUCCACGCCAUGCUCUGAACCCCGGCUCACCCAUCUACGAUCUCGCACAGUUCUCCCUCUUCGACCUCGACCGCGACCGCCACCUCGACUACCACGAACUGCGCGUCGCCCUCCGCGCCCUCGGCUUCACCCUGCCCAAACCCGAACUCCUCUCCCUCCUCACCACCCACGGCGUCCCCCGCUCCCAGCUCAGCAAUCCUCCCAACCCAAACAACAAACCACCUCAGCAACAACAACAACAACGAGACCCCAGCAUCCACCCCUCCCACCUCCUGAUCCCCCACCCGGCCUUCUGCACCAUCGCCGCGCAGCGCAUCCUCGCGCGCGACCCCCGAGAGGAAAUCGAACGCGCAUUCGACCUGUUCGACGCCGAGAACAAGGGCUACAUCGACCUCGAGGAUCUGAAGCGCGUGGCCAGGGAGCUCGGGGAGACGGGCCUGGAGGAGGAGGAGCUGAGGGCCAUGGUCGAGGAGUUUGAUGUCGAGGAGAAGGGCGGGGUCGGGAGGGAGGAGUUUGUCGGGAUUUGUUUGCAGGGGUGA